AACGUUCUAUGUAACCUUGGGGGUCAAGUUGUUUAAGUUUAAUCAUUACAGCAUCUCUUGGGACAAAAAACCAUGAAAAAUUCUUAGCAUGAUGCUCCACAUAGUCCUGUAACCGUUUGUCCUGCCAGUAUUCAGGUUAAGCAGCCAUUAUGAAAUGGUGUACCAAUGCCGUAAUCGUAUUGUUUUUGUGUUGAAACCUUCCUAACUACAAUACUGGAUUAUUCAAGGAAUUCUUUUUUUUAGUCCAAUCUUUAAUAUGUUUUAGAUACUGCUUAAUUUUUGCCAUUUUGCGACAUUUUAAUGCCGUUUUGCUUGUAAAUUCUGUGUAAUUAAGGUUGCUACUGCGAAGGUUUGACCGUGAAAAGUCCAAUUUGUACCCUGUCGGAGAGCAACGAAGGAGAACAUUCCGACCGCAAGAAUACGAUUUCUACACUUUACUGACUUAGCUAGUUACUGAAGGCCUACAAAGUUAUUACUGAGAGAUACUAGCAAGACAAGAAGUAACAUGUCUGUGUCUUAGUUAUAGUUAAACACAAAGAGGCUAUGUAUACUUCACUCUGUUUCUUAUAUAUAUAAUAUACAGUCUGUCUUUAAGCAGUCUCUGGCACUACCAUAAUAACUCAUCUUCCUGUUUACAAGCUCAUCUUCGUUCCUGUUACAAGUAUUUAACUAACAAAAAAAAACAUCAUCAUAACAAUCGCAUGGUAUGGUAAAACCGCUUUGUUUGUAUUUAUAUAAAAUCCUGGGUCGCGACUUCAGUGAAAGUUAUCAUCCAGGAGUUACCGUCCACAAGCCCUCUUGCAAAGGAAUUUAUUUACAUUCAAGAUAAAGAUGGCGACCGGCAUAAAGCUUCUUCCCUAGCUAAUAUUUAGCAACUGUGACGUCUCUUGCAAAGGAAUCUAUUUACAUUCAAGAUACAAGAUGGUGACCCGGCGUAAAGGUUUUAUAUUUAGCAACUGUGACGUCAGGUAUCUUAUAAAAAAAUCGAAACAAGUAUAACAUAAUAUUGUUUUUGCAAUAAAUACUUGAGUUGAUUUUGAUUACUUAUUUAAAUGGGAAGUAAGCUUUAAACACUUACUCAUUUUAAAAUACUUUGGAAAUAAACAAAUCGCCCCGUUGGAUCUUACCUGGGUAAACAACGACUAAACAAUUUUUGGGACGUUUUUACCUAAGUACCUACACAAUGUUUGGGGUGAAGUGCAAAAAAUCAAUUGUUUAUAAAAAAAGUGUGUUUACUGAUCUCAUCAGUAGGGACAUUUUUCGAUUUCUACAAAAAACGUUAUAAAAAUGUUUUCUUGGCAUUGCCAAAUUAGCACUCAUAUGAGUGCUAAAGCUGCAUAAAAAAGUGGCCUGGAAUUAUCAAUGUAGCUCAGCUUUUAGGUUGGCAAUGCUGAACACUGAUAUGAUUUCACAGGGCUGUAAAAACGAUUCUUCAAAAUACAAUUUCCAAGGAUAAGUAAACACUCAGAAUCAUUAAAAUGGUUAUUUAUUUGGCAUUGAUUAAAAAAUAAAGGUAUACAAAAUUCGGUGUUAUUUAAUAUAUGCGCUCUAGUGAUGAAAUUGGCAUGACGUAUCAUGCCAAAUCAUUAAGUUAAUUCAAGCCUCUUGAUCUAUAUACAAUAUUGUAAUUUAUGUAUUUUUCGGCAGUUGUAAUUAUUUAAUUGGAUAUUUGUGCAAUCUUUUACCAAUGUUGUACAUAGUGUGUUUUGUAAGGUAAUAUUUUCCUGCACAUAAACUCAUUGGAAAACAGGGCACAUUACUGGUAGGUAUGGCUAGUUCUUAAUUUUUCAGUAUCAAUGAGUAAUCCACUAGAUAAGUACAAACCUCAGGCACCAAAAGAGAACAAAGUUGGCGAGUUCAUGUAAAGAAAGAGGUAAAAAAAAUAUGUUCAUACUGCAGUACAAAAAGUGAACAUGCACACACCUGAAUGGAAAAUUCAUGACCAAAUGACAAAUUAUUCAUUCACAAAGUAACCUCACUGCAAAGAUAUCCUCCUAAGGCAGCGAAUAAUAACUGCUUCUUCUAGAAAUCAAGAAAGAAUAGAAAAACUUUAUGUUGAUAUAUGUCUUUUUUGUUUUAGAUCAUUAAUUGUUUUAAUGAAAAUUCAACAUGACAGAUGAGGUUGCAGUAAAUGUGUUAUGUGCUGUGAAAGGUGUUAGAGAGGGUGACAUGAAGGGGUUUAAUGCCUUAGCAACCCUUCUUAACAAGGCAGAUAAGGAUACUCUCUGUAGUUAUGUCAUUGGUCUGCAAAAAUCUAUUCAAUUCAUAAACAAAGAUCAUGAAACCAUUGUUGGGAUUAUUCUUAAUAUUGAUUGGAGUUUGUUAGAACAGUCAACAGUGAAUAUUGUGAUUGAGUUUUUGGUUGAACUAGUUUCAGCAAAAACAUAUUUUUUAAAACCAUGUGUAAACAGUCUGCUGAAACAGUUUGUAUCAAAGUCACAAGUUUGUGAAGACGAAUUGAUCAGACUAAAUGAUAAAUUUCGUAACAUUCAUGCAACAUUGGAAGCAAUUGUUCAUUUGAUACCCAUUGCUAAUCAAGUCAUUAUAGACAAUGUCACAAUGCUCUUUCCCUAUAUUGGUAAAGGUUUAUUUAUCUUAGAGACUUAUAUUGUAAACAUUUUGCAAAUAAGUACCUAUGCUAAAGAUACAAGAUAUAGAAUUUUGUCUCUGAUAAUUGAUAAAUUGUUGUCGAUAGACGUCCGCAUCCCACGACAGAAGCUUGAAUCAAACGAAGAUGAGGAAUUUUUACAAUUUGAAGACAAAAUAGACACAUCAAGAAGCAAUGGAAUGCCGGUGUUGAUGGAAGAUAUUGCUAAGCUGGAUCAAUUAAUGGUUAUAGUAUUUACAUACAUAAAUUCCUUGUGCCACCACAAUGGCAGUUUAGACAUGAACUAUGCAGAAGUAUUCUUUAAAGAACUAUUAUUGAUAUAUGAUGGUGUAAUCUUGCAAACACAGCAAAGUACACAUGUACAGUUUGUUUUGUUUUAUACUGCUAGUUUUCAUCAGAAGUUUUGUGAGGAAUUCAUUGGCGUUUGUUGGAGCAUUCUGGAAAAUCCGAAUAAAGCCAGUAUUACAAGGCGUGCAGCAUCAAGUUACCUGUCUAGUUUUAUAGCUCGUGCAAAUUUCGUUCACAAGCCUGUUAUAAAGACACAGAUAUUUAAUUUAGCUCGUUGGAUUCACAGGUAUUUAGAUAUUCAAAACAGCACCAAUAUAAUUGCGGAUUUUAAUAAACAUGGACCGUUCUAUGGAGUUUGCCAAGCUCUUCUUUACAUUUUCAUUUAUCAUCACAAGAUAUUUAUACAAUCGGACGCCGACAUAGAUUUUAUAAAGUCGCUAAAUUUCGCUAGAAUUAUAACAUCAAAAUUAAACCCAUUGAAAUUUUGCUUAAACACAAUUGUUAGCAUGUUUGCUAGAGUAACUAGAAUAUACGAAAUAGUUUUCUGCUACAGCGUUAUAGAACGGAACAAUCGAAGCAUGCUUAGUGAAUUCACACAUACUAACGGGGGUGUCCAUAAGCAUUUAGAAAUCUUUUUCCCGUUUGAUCCAUAUAUGCUGCCGAAUUCACUCAAAUUUAUAAAACCAGUAUAUUUGGAAUGGACAGGAACAAUAGACGAAUCUGACAGCGAUGAUGAUUCGGCAGACGAGGGUAACUUAAACGACGAGUCUGUUGAGCAACGAUGGUUAACGCAUGCAUCUGUUAGCAUCGACAUGAAGUGUGUUUCACCUGGUUUUAGUUUACUGCAUAAUGAAAUGUAAAUAAUUGGGACUUUGAUAUAACGUGAACUUUUUCUUUGUAAUAAAUCUGUGGAAAUCAUUAAAAUAACUAUUUAAACUAAAAAAUUGCUUGAUUCUAACAUGGAGGUAGAAAUAUAAAAUAAAAUACAUUUUCUAAAUUUCAAUUGUACUAGGCUCGUCUCUUAUGUGAUUUUGUUAUUAUAAUUUUAAAGUUUGUCAGUUCCCGCCCAAAAUUAUUCAAAAUUUGAAAUACGCUCAUUGGUUUUAAUAAACAAUUAACAUCGCACUAUGAUUGGUUAUUGAAUUAAUUUUUUCAGUAACGUAAAUAAAUAUGGAGCAUUCUUAGAACCAAAAUUUUAACACAUAUUUUUUAAAGUAUAAAGUCUUGGAAUCAAGCUUAAUGCUGAGUAAACAGUGCAGCUAGGCUGGACGUACGGGGUUGUGAUAUUUAGGCUAAAACAUUUGCGCGGACCCUGACUAUUGUUAUUUAUUUAUUUAUUUAUUUUUUGAUUUUUUGUUAUUACCUGAAAAGCCAAUAGGAAAGCUUCGUUUCGUUUUCAA